GGGCCAGGCCGAGGGGCUGGGACACGGGGACCUGCUGCGUCUUGCAAGGGGUUGGGAUGUGGGGACCCCUCGAUCUCGCAUGGGGCUGGGACACAGAGACCCCCUGCACCUUGCAUGGGGUUGAGAUGUGGGGGCUCCCUGCACCUAGCAUGGGAUGAGGACAUGGGGACCCCUAAAUCUCACAUGGGGCUGGGACACAGAGACCCCCUGCACCUUGCAUGGGGUUGAGAUGUGGGGGCUUCUUGCACCUAGCAUGGGACCAGGACAUGCAGACCCCUAAAUCUCACAUGGGGCUGGGACACAGAGACCCCCUGCACCUUGCAUGGGGCUGAGAUGUGGGGACUCCCUGCACCUAGCAUGGGACCGGGACAUGGGGACCCCUAAAUCUCACAUGGGGCUGGGACACAGAGACCCCCUGCACCUUGCAUGGGGCUGAGAUGUGGGGGCUCCCUGCACCUAGCAUGGGACCGGGACAUGGGGACCCCUAAAUCUCACAUGGGGCUGGGACACAGAGACCCCCUGCACCUUGCAUGGGGCUGAGAUGUGGGGGCUCCCUGCACCUAGCAUGGGACCGGGACAUGGGGACCCCUAAAUCUCACAUGGGGCUGGGACACAGAGACCCCCUGCACCUUGCAUGGGGCUGAGAUGUGGGGGCUCCCUGCACCUAGCAUGGGACCGGGACAUGGGGACCCCUAAAUCUCACAUGGGGCUGGGACACAGAGACCCCCUGCACCUUGCAUGGGGCUGAGAUGUGGGGACUCCCUGCACCUAGCAUGGGACCGGGACAUGGGGACCCCUAAAUCUCACAUGGGGCUGGGACACAGAGACCCCCUGCACCUUGCAUGGGGCUGAGAUGUGGGGGCUCCCUGCACCUAGCAUGGGACCGGGACAUGGGGACCCCUAAAUCUCAGAAGGGACCAGGACAUGGGGACUCCCUGCACCUUGCAUGGGGCCGAGAUGUGGGGACCCCUUGAUCUUGCAUGGGACCAGGAUGUGGGGACCCCCUGCACCUUGCACGGAGCGGGGGUAAAGACGUGGGGGCUCCCUGCACCUCGCGGGGGGCCGGGACGCGGGAUCCCCCGCACCUUGCGGCGAGCAGGGGCCGCCCGCAGCCUUGGCAGGAUUCGCCCCGGCGGCGGUGCUGGCUGCCGCCGCCGGAGCCCAUCGCCCCGCGUCGAGCCGCCGCCGCCGGCCAUGAAGAAGAAGGUGCAGCAGCAACCGCCGCCGCGCGCCCGGGCGGUCGCCAAAGCGGCGGAGUACGUGGGCUCCUUCGCCGCCGACGAGCUGGACGUGCAGCGGGAAGCGGGGCGCCUCGAGCAGCAGCUGCGGGAGCUCAGGGACUGUCCCCGGAGGAGAGCCGUCGUGCUGAGGUUCAGCCUGCAGGGCCUCAAGAUCUACAGCGGCGACGGCGAGACGCUGCUCAUGGCGCACGCCCUCCGGCGCAUCCUCUACAGCACGUGGCGCCCCGCCGACUGCCAGUUCGCCUUCGUGGCCCGCAACCCCCGCAGCCCGGCCACCAAGCUCUUCUGCCACCUCUUCGUGGGCCGCCAGCCGGGCGAGGUGCAAACGCUCCAUCUCCUGCUGUGCCGCUGCUUCCAGCUGAGCUACCUGCUGGCGCACCCCGAGGCGCAGGCUGGCGGCGAGGAGCCGCGGCCAGCCCCGGGCGCUGGGGUGCUGCGGGCGCCGCUGCACCCGGACGAGGCGUCGCCCACCGUCAAGGCGCUCGUCUCCUUCCGCCGCCUGCUCGCCCCCUCCGGCCUCGCCUCCCGGGAGAGGCGGCCGGAGGCGGAGGGCAGGGACGGCGCCCGCCCUGGCAACCCCUACUGCUCGCCCGUGCUGGUGCGCAAGAAGGCCAUCCGCAGCAAGGUGCUGCGCUCGGGCGCCUACCGCGACUGCGCCGCCGAGGGCCAGCCGCCCCGCGACGCCUGCGAGGGCAAAGGCGCCCGCGGCGGCCUGGCCUUCCUGCCCGAGAGCGAGAGCGGCCUCCCCGAGAGCGUCUGGGCCUUCGCUGGCAUCGCCAGGGACGGCGGCAUCGCCCUGCUGCGGAGGGACGUGCCCGGCGCCUUCCUGCUGCGCGCCGAGCCCGGCCUGGCCGACCGCUGGUGCCUCUGGGUGCGGGUGCCCUGCGGCGUCAUCCCCUACUACGUCUUCAAAACCCACCAGGGAAGGUACUGCGUGGAGCACUCCACCGCCGAGUUCGCCAGCGUGGCGGCGCUGCUGGCGCACUACACCGCCGCGCCGGGGGGCUGCUUCUGCCGCCUGGCCCCCGGGCGCCGCAACCACGGCUACGAGGAGCGGGACGCGGCGGUCUAG